CCACGUGGGGACGCAGGAUGGCCGCGGCGGCGGAAGAGACGGCGGCGCACGACGUGCAGCGGCUGCUGGUGCAGUUCCAGGAUGAGGGCGGGCAGCUGCUGGGCGCCCCCUUUGAUGUGCCCGUGGACAUCACCCCGGACAAGCUGCAGCUCGUGUGCAACGCGCUGCUGGCCCAGGAGGAUCCCCUGCCACUGGCUUUCUAUGUCCACGAUGCUGAGAUCAUCUCCUCACUGGAGAGGACGCUGGAGUCACAGGCAGUGGAGACAGAGAAGGUUCUCGACAUCAUCUACCAGCCACAAGCUAUCUUCAGGGUCCGAGCUGUGACCCGCUGCACCAGCUCCUUGGAAGGUCACAGCGAGGCAGUCAUUUCUGUGGCUUUCAGCCCCACAGGAAAGUACCUGGCCAGUGGUUCUGGAGACACCACGGUGCGCUUCUGGGAUCUCAGCACUGAAACACCGCAUUUCACGUGCCAGGGGCACAGACACUGGGUACUUAGCAUAUCCUGGUCCCCAGAUGGCAAGAAGCUGGCUUCAGGCUGCAAGAAUGGCCAGAUUCUCCUCUGGGACCCAAGCACGGGAAAGCAGGUGGGCAGAGCCCUCACAGGCCACAGCAAGUGGAUCACAGGCCUGAGCUGGGAGCCCCUCCAUGUGAACCCCGAGUGCCGGUACGUGGCCAGCAGCUCCAAGGACGGGAGCGUGCGGGUCUGGGACACAACGGCGGGCCGCUGUGAGCGCAUCCUCACCGGGCACACGCAGUCGGUCACCUGUCUCCUGUGGGGAGGCGACGGGCUUCUCUACUCUGCCUCCCAGGACCGCACUAUCAAAGUUUGGCGGGCUCAUGACGGUGUCCUGUGCCGGACUCUGCAAGGCCACGGCCACUGGGUAAACACCAUGGCCCUCAGCACUGACUACGCCCUGCGCACGGGGGCCUUUGAGCCAGCUGAGGCCUCGAUCAAUGCCCAAGAUGUCCAAGGGUCCUUGCAGGAGUUGAAGGAGAAAGCUCUAAAACGAUACAGCCUCGUGCGGGGUCAGGGCCCAGAGAGGAUGGUGUCUGGCUCAGACGACUUCACCUUAUUCCUGUGGUCCCCAGCAGAGGACAAGAAGCCCCUGGCACGGAUGACAGGACACCAGGCUCUCAUCAACCAGGUGGUCUUUUCCCCUGACUCCCGCAUCAUCGCCAGCGCCUCCUUUGACAAGUCCAUCAAGCUGUGGGACGGCAGGACGGGCAAAUACCUGGCGUCCCUGCGUGGUCACGUGGCUGCUGUGUACCAGAUCGCCUGGUCAGCCGACAGCCGACUCCUGGUCAGCGGCAGCAGUGACAGCACCCUGAAGGUCUGGGACGUGAAGGCCCAGAAACUGGCCACAGACCUGCCGGGCCAUGCAGAUGAGGUGUAUGCUGUCGACUGGAGUCCAGAUGGCCAGAGAGUGGCGAGUGGUGGGAAGGACAAAUGCCUCCGGAUAUGGAGGAGAUGAGAAAUCCCUCGUUUUCUCUGACCCCACCUGGACUUGGCUGCUGCCAGCUGCCCAUCCUGGCGGAGACCAGAGACCAGGGUGGUGACCCUGAGAAUGGCCUGCUGUCCUUGGACAGACCCAGCAGAGUCCCUCCCCAGAGCAAGAGGUGGGAGGUCACAAGAGGUUCUCGCUGAGCUCAGUCCUGGCCAUCACUCUGUUCCUUGCUGGUGCUGGCAGGGGUGGCUGGUGGCCAGGCAGUCACCAGGCCACUGCUGCUGCCCCUCUUCACCCAGAUGUCAGCUCCGUUCAGGAUCAGGCCCCAGAUUCCAUGACCAAAUAAAUAAUUUAUAUUUUGUGUGUCUUAAUGUGUUGUCCUAGAAUCCCAGGGCUUACCAAGGACUAUGCUAAGUCAGUUUUGUCCAGCCCUGUACUGGACUCAGCCAAAACCACACUGACCAGGAAGUUGUCUUUCUCGCCCCGCCAACCCCCCUGGGGCCAGUGGAGGCUGGGGAGGCUGGCUGGAGCCAUGCAGCCGUGGCCAGAGGGUACUCUAAGGUUGUGCCACCUAUGUGGCAGGCACUACUCACAUGGCUGUUACCACCAGUUAGAAUUACACAGUGAGAAAUGCAGUUCUACACAGCCUGAGACAUCACAGACAGAGCAGCGUCCUUCACAUGGACUCUGCCUGUAGGGCUCUCUAGGGAGUGCUUCCUCCCUGGCUUGGUCAUGCCUGUAGUGGCUGCAGGGCUCUCACGGUGCAGGGAGGUCCAUGACUGUUUGGAGGACUCCUUCUCUAGGUAGGAAUGUGGUGACAGGGUAGGUGUUCUGGCAGAAGUAGGUGUGGUGUGCUGUGGGGAUUGCUUCUCUGCCCCAUGGGGACUCUACCCGGUGAAGGGACUCUCCACCAGGAGAGCCUCAGGCCCUUGACCAAGAUCUUGCCCGCCAAGCAUCCUGCCUCCACUUUCUCCUGUGCUAAGGCAGAUCUACUGAGGUUGAAUUCCACACCAUCCUUGUAAGGACUGCUCAAGGCCUUCCCAUCCUCCCCCAUCCCAUCUGCUUUCAUGGUUUUGCACACCUCUCACCACGGCUCUUGGCUCCUUUGCACCUCUCUGCAAGAGGACCCAAGGGAGGCACCAGCUUGAGAGUUUCUGCUCAGGUGAGCAAGUGUAUUGCAGCCUCACGUGACCCUCUCGUAACCCUGCAGCUGUGCCUGGUAGGGUUUUACAUCCAACUUCUGAUGGGGAAACUGAGCACAGAAAGCCCAAACUGCUCUCACAUCCUGAAAGGCAGGAUAAAUCAGACCCUGUCCCCAGGUGGUGUGGCACUCUGCACCACAUCCCUCCAGAGCUCCAGUCCAGUACUCACAGUCUGUGCUCCACCGCCACUGUCCAAAAUGCUGUUUUUGGGGCCAUAGGUGUCUUUUAGUCUUUUGAGUCCCAGUUUCUUCCCUCAAGGAAAGGGGUGGUGCUGGCAGAACCAGUCAGUAGGUGAUGGUAGCAUCCCUUUGCCCUGCCACCCUUGCUUUCUGUUUUCCCACCUACCCAGACACUAGAAAGGUGGAUGGUAGCCACUGUAGCUGAGGCUAUCCACAGCAUGAAGCAGAAUCUAGGGGUGACCUGCAGUUCUUUAAUGAGGGAUCUGGACCCAGCCCAGAUCUGGGGAUGGAGGGGACUGAGCAGCUGUGGGCAGUGGCCAAGUCUGGCCUGACCUGCGUUGUCUACAGGUGAGUGGAACGCCUAGCUAGCUUGGCCCAGCCCAGGAGUGGCAUUCCUAUAGCAGUAAUGCCAGGCCCUGGGCUGGUGGGGUGGUCAGCAGUUCCCUGGCAUGGUGCUGGUGGUACAUUUCAUGGUUCUGGUUCCUGCGGGCUCUGGAUCAAAGCUGAAGGUAGGUGAAGGGCUUCCAAGGGCCCCCUCCCCACCUUAGUAGGGAAACAGGUAUUCCAGGUCUUCUAACCUCCGCAUGUCCUCCAGCCCAAGAGACACAGUCCUCCGCUGGGGUUCCUUGCGCUGCACCGUGAUCUGGAUGGGGUUAUUCUCGGGGAAACUGUUAAAGUCAGUAGCCACGGUUGCAAACUGAAAUGAAACAAGAACAUCCCUCAGAAUUCCUUCCCUCUCCCUCCUUAGUUUGCUAAAUGGGAUCUUAGCCUUACCAUCAGAAACAUUUUUCACAAAGGCAGGAUUAAAUCUGUGUCUGUGCUUGGGCCUCUCCUCCCGCCCCCCUUUGUCCCUCUUUGUCCCCCUAUGUUCCCUCCUUUGUCCCCCUUCAGCCUCUUCCCUCUAUUUCCUGCCCCGCUCACAACUGGUACUAAGUUGAAGAACCCAUUAACCAAUGACUUUGGAAGAUGAAUGUUAUACAGAUGUUGAUGAGUAUGUUUGCAUAUCUCAAACCUCCCAAGAGAGGGCAGGGAAAUAAAAGUCGAAGGGGCCUUAGGGUGUUCCCAGCCCCCAGGGGUAACACUUCUCUCCCUCACCCAUGGGGCCCCUCUUCUCCCAGGGCUCACUUUGUAGGGCUUGCACCACUUCCCCACCCCAGCUGUAUUGACUGCGCGGACAGUGAGGCAGUAACACGUGUUGGGCUUCAGCUCCAUCAGCUUGACAGUGGUCCCCAAGAUCUUGUUGAAGAUCCACGGGCGACUCUUUGCCUUGGGUGGCUCAUUGUCAUUUUUCCUGGUCACCUCCUGUAACAGGACCUGGUAGAAACUGACUUGCUGCUUGCCCAAGGCAUAGGUCCAGGAAAUCUAGAAGAGAACCCCCGGCUUCCUUAGACCUGGCCUAUCCUCCCCUUACCCAUCCCCACUACCCCCAUCACAGCAUUUGCAACUCUCCUGGGGCAGCCCCACACAAGUCAGUGUGCCUCCAGUCCCUAUUUCUUAUAAACUGUUAGUUAAGAGGGACCUUAGAGAUUUUGUCCACCAGAUGGGGAUAGGUUCAGAGAGGGCAAGUGGCUUGACCCACGGUCACACAGCAAUUAAGUGAUAGAGCCAAGAUUCAAACAAUAGCUCCAGAGCCCAUAUUAUUAUACUACAACCAGAGUUGCCAAGCCUGGCCAAGGAUCUCAAAGAGUUUUUUUAACACUCAGAUUUCUGGCCCUGCUGUUUCCUGUCUGAUCUCCCUUUUCCAGUUUCUCCUCCAUCAUGGCCUACAGUUCUUAAGCUUUGUUGCACAUCAGAGUACCCUGGAGGACUUGUUAAAACAGAUUGCUGGCCCCUAACCCCACAGUUUCUGAUUGAGGUGUGAGAAUUUAAAUUUCUAA